CUGGACAGUCUAUCAAAAUAUCAGCCUAUUCGACCUUGGAAUUAUUCGUGAGUGUAUCAAGAUAUUCAAUUUUAUUCCCAGUUUGCUGCCGAAAACUGGUGUAAGGGACCGGCUAUCAGAUUUGUUCUUAAUGAGGUUUUCUGCUGUUUGAUUGAAGAAAAUGUCAACCGAUGAUAAAUUCCAAUUCGCCAUAGAUCGUGGUGGUACUUUCACUGAUGUGUUCGCUAGAUGUCCAGGUGGUGAAUUGAAGGUGUUGAAGUUGUUGUCUGAAGAUCCCCAGAACUACAAUGACGCUCCUACCGAAGGAAUACGGAGAAUCAUACAAAAGUUCACUGGACAAAAACUGGACCGUUCCCAGCCAGUGGACAAUUCUCGUAUAGAAUCUAUAAGGAUGGGAACAACAGUGGCAACCAAUGCUCUUCUAGAAAGGAAAGGUGAAAAAAUGGCUUUAGUGAUAAAUAAGGGAUUUCAUGAUAUCCUCUUAAUCGGAAACCAAGCCAGACCUAAGAUUUUCGAAUUGGAUAUCGUUCGCUCAGAAGUGCUGUAUUCCGAAGUUGUAGAAGUCGAUUGUCGGGUCAUACCAGCUCAAGAUGGAGUUUGUGAAUUGAAGAAUAUCAGGGAUUAUAGAAAAAUAACAGGUGCUACUGGAGAAGAUUUCUUUGUCGUGAAGGAAUUGGACAGAGAGGAAGUGUACCGCAGUUUGAAGGAGUUGAAGGAAAAGGGCAUAAAUAGCAUAUCAGUUUCUUUGGUACACAGCUACACGGUCGCUGAGCAAGAAUUGGAAGUAGGGAAGAUCGCGGAGGAACUAGGAUUUUCUCACAUCUCCUUGUCUCACAAAGUAAUGCCAAUGGUGAGGUUAGUAUCGAGAGGUUUUACUUCUUGCGCCGAUGCUUAUUUGACACCUCACGUCAAGCGUUACGUUGAAGGUUUCUGUAAGGGAUUCAAGAAUAAUCUUCAGGGUACACGUGUACUGUUCAUGCAGAGCGAUGGAGGGCUAACAUCGAUGGACAACUUCAACGGAGCAAGGGCUGUGCUCUCCGGUCCUGCAGGUGGUGUGGUUGGUUACGCCAAAACAACGUGGCAAAAAGAAACCGAUUUGCCAGUUAUCGGUUUUGACAUGGGUGGCACUUCGACGGACGUAUCAAGGUUUGCAGGAAGUUACGAGCAUGUCUACGAAUCCACUACGGCGGGUGUGACAAUUCAGGCUCCACAGCUUGAUGUCAAUACAGUUGCAGCUGGAGGUGGAUCUAUGCUCUUUUUUAGGUCGGGAUUGUUCGUAGUAGGUCCAGAUUCAGCAGGGGCAGAUCCCGGUCCAGCUUGUUACAAAAAGGGUGGCCCUCUUACGGUCACUGAUGCCAAUUUGGUACUAGGAAGACUCUUACCAGAGUAUUUCCCAAAAAUUUUCGGUAAAGGCGAAAAUGAAGCACUUGAUAAAGAGGCUUCACUUGAGAAAUUCACAGAACUUACAGCUAACAUAAAUAAAUUUUUGGAACAACAGGACACUCACCAAAAGGCUGCCAAGUCCAUUCAAGAGGUUGCGAUGGGUUUUGUGAGGGUUGCUAAUGAGGCUAUGUGUCGUCCUAUCAGAGCUCUAACCCAAGCUAAGGGCUAUGAUACUGCGAGACAUGCACUAGCUUGCUUCGGAGGUGCUGGAGGACAACAUGCUUGUGCCAUUGCAAGAAGUCUGGGGAUGUCUACCGUUUUUAUCCACAAAUACGCAGGUAUUCUUUCUGCUUACGGCAUGGCGCUAGCCGACGUUGUUCACGAGGCCCAGGAACCUUGCGCGAAAGUUUUUGUCAAGAGCGAAUUUUCGUUCUUCGAGAAGCGUUUCCUCCAUCUCAAACAGCAAGCCCGCAAUAGGCUUAUGGACCAGGGAUUCACGGAAGACAUGAUCACCCUAGAGCCUUAUUUACAUAUGAGGUACGACGGAACGGACUGCGCUAUUAUGGUUGGAGGUGAAGCACUCAGCUACGAAGGAUUCCUGAACUCAUUCCUGGAUGGUUAUAAGCUUGAAUUCGGCUUCGUGAUCGAAGGAAGGAACAUAGUUGUUGACGAUAUCAGGAUAAGAGGUGUCGGUAAAAGUUUUGUGACCGAAGAGAAACCUAUAUCUAAAACGACGGGUCAUCCUAAGGCAGAAAAGUCGACGAAAGUAUUUUUUGAAACGAAAUACCUGGAAACUAAGGUAUACCAGCUCAAGGAUCUUCUAGCCGGAGACGAGAUCAAAGGACCUGCUAUCAUCAUGGAUCAGCUCAGUACCAUCUUGGUUGAGCCCGAUUGUACGGCUUUCAUCACCGGGAUGGGUGAUAUCAAAAUAACCAUAGGCGCUGGGGAGUUGCAAAAAAUAGGCACCGAGCUGGACUCGAUACAACUGAGUAUAUUCAGUCAUAGGUUUAUGAGCAUCGCCGAACAAAUGGGAAGGAUACUUCAAAGGACCUCAAUUUCAACCAACAUCAAAGAACGCCUCGACUUUUCUUGCGCAUUAUUCGGUCCAGAUGGAGGCUUGGUAUCAAAUGCACCACACAUACCUGUCCACUUAGGUUCUAUGCAAGAAGCUGUACAGUACCAACUAAGUUAUAGGAAAGAAUUCAAGGAGAACGAUGUUAUUCUAAGUAACCAUCCAGCAGCUGGGGGCUCCCACUUGCCCGAUUUUACAGUUAUAACACCUGUGUUCUAUCAGGGAAGCAAAAAUCCAGUAUUCUUCGUUGCAUCUAGAGGCCAUCAUGCAGACAUAGGUGGAAUCACCCCAGGUUCUAUGCCUCCUCAUUCUAAGACAUUGAGCGAAGAAGGUGCAGCGUUCAAAUCUUUUCUACUUGUAGAUGGAGGUCAAUUCAUGGAAGAAGACUUGAUAAAACAAUUAAAGUUGGCUGGUGGAAGGAAUAUAAGUGAAAACAUUUCAGAUUUGAGGGCACAAGUGGCAGCCAAUCAAAAAGGCAUCUUGCUCGUGAAUGAACUCAUCGAUCAAUAUAGUCUUAACGUUGUCCAAGCAUAUAUGGAUCACAUACAAUCUAAUGCAGAAGUGGCGGUUAGAGUGAUGCUGAAAAAAGUGGCCGUUGACACUCUCAAAAGAACUGGAUGCACUGUGUUAACCGCUGAGGAUAGAAUGGACGAUGGAAGUCCCAUUAAACUGACUAUUAGUUUGGAGCCUGAAGAAGGAACAGCUAUCUGUGAUUUCACGGGAACCGGAGUAGAGGUUUGGGGAAACUGCAAUGCACCCAAGGCUAUUACACUGUCAGCUCUGAUAUACUGUCUUCGAUGUAUGGUCGAACAUGAUGUUCCUCUGAAUCAGGGAUGCCUCAAACCUGUAAAGGUUAUUCUUCCUCAUGGAUGCAUUCUCAACCCAAGUGAAAAUGCUGCAGUAGUUGGAGGGAACGUAUUGACCUCCCAAAGAGUUGUGGAUGUUGUGCUGAAAGCAUUCAGGGUUUGUGCCGCAUCGCAGGGUUGCAUGAACAACAUCACUUUUGGAUGCGAGAAAUGGGGUUGUUACGAAACGGUGGCAGGAGGCAGUGGAGCGGGUCCAUCAUGGAACGGUUGUUCAGGUGUUCACACCCACAUGACCAAUACUAGAAUAACUGACAUCGAAAUAUUGGAAAAGCGUUACCCCGUUUUCAUCAGAAAGUUUACGUUGAGAAAAGGCAGUGGCGGAUGUGGAAAAUUCAGGGGUGGUGAUGGAGUGGAAAGGGAGAUCUUGUUCCGUUCCCGCGUGAUACUAUCUGUCCUAACGGAGAGAAGGGUGCUACAGCCUUAUGGAAUGGAAGGUGGUGAGCCAGGAGAACGCGGGUUGAACCACUUAAUCAGGGCUGACGGCAGGAUUAUCAAUUUGGGGCCGAAAACCUCAGUCGAAGUACAGCCUGGGGAUGUAUUCCAGCUGCAUACUCCCGGUGGUGGGGGUUAUGGGAGGAUGGAGAGCGGGAUGGCUACGACGACCAGCAACGGUUCCAGAGAGAAUACGGUGACUUUCGUCGAGCGUGGUAGUCUGUACAACUACCGUCAGUCUCAGGAAAGCGCAUGAUUUUGUGCUGUAGAAUUGUUGAUUAUAUUUUCAAUUAGAUGAA